AUGGCAGUGUGGAGGAUCAUAAUCAUCUAUUCUAGUGCUGUCUGGUCGUUUGUUUUACAAAAGAAUCAAGUGACUAGGCUCCCAAUCAACUGGGAGGAUGAAAUAACUUUGUUUAUUGACUAUGCUAAGGGGAGUAGCUUUCGAAGAAGUGCACUUAAACUCUCUCUUCCAGCUGUUGUUUACAGUAUAUGCUGUGAACGCAACACUAGGAUCUUCCAACACAAGUUUUUGGAUCCUGACUCCUUGUGUGCUAAAAUUUUCAACUCUAUCCGAGAUGCUAUGGUGUCUUGGAGAGAUGUCAAGACUAAGCAGAUGUACAUAAAGUCCAACAAACUUGCAAAGGCUGAAACUGUACAGAGAAAGGUUCUUCACAUUAUGGAAUUAUCAAAGAUUGGCGCUGGUUUUCUGCUUCUGUUAUGUUACGUACUGUGUCCUGGGCUGCACCUGCUUACUGGAAAGAUCGUUUUGAAGGAACAAGAAAUUGCGUACAAGGGCUUCUCUUCUGUUGAUGCUGCCUUGAAGAGUUACUCGUUCCUAGUGAUGAUGCUACUUCUCCUUCUUCUUUUGGUAAGCAAAGAGUCUUUCAAAAACAUUCUAACCUAUAAAAAUUCACGAGAGCGCGAGCAUAGUGAUGAUGCUACUUUGGUUCAAGAGCUAUGGAAUGCAGGUCCUGCUGGUGCAUAUAGCUUCACCUGGGUCUAAUUAUUUGUUGGUUCUGCUCAGCUUUGGUUGUGGCUAUCUGCUCCGGUACAAAGUUUUACCACUCCAAAUGAUGAAGGACAGCAAACCAUAAGAUAAAGGACCAUCUGGGCACAGUGUUACCACUCCAAAUGAUCUUGUGUUAAGCCAUGCAUGCACCUUAUUAUUAAGAGCACAGAAUUGUGACCCACAUUGGAGGACAACCUCCAUUUCCUAUUUGCAAAAGUAAGUCAAUCCAAUUCAGAUGGUUUUGAUAAAUUUUCAAUCAAGUAGACUUAAUAAAUGAAUCAUAUUUAGU